AUGCACUCUGAAUGGCGAGGUUGGGGUGUAGUGAUCGUGAUAGCAUCACACUUGCUGUACAUACUGCAGGUCGGUUUUACACGGUGUGCCGGGAUACUGUUUAACAGUCUGCAGAAUGCUUUCCUUGGCACCGCAGCACAGACUGGUGCAAUAAUAAGCAUUAUGACAUCUGCAGCUUACUUCGGAUGCGUAUUUGGCGGUGUCUUGUGUAACCGAUAUGGGUGUCGUUCCACAGCUAUGCUCGGUGGAGUCAUGCAGCUUACGGGAAUGGUUGCCAGUUCCAUCUGCCAGACAAUCCAGCAAAUGUACAUCGCAAGUUUCUUCAUUGGUUUAGGAUCGUCAUGGGAGUGGUCUGGGGCAACAGUUGCCGUCACCCAUUACUUCACGAAGCAUUAUUCCUUAGCAAAUGGACUAGUCAGUGUCGGUUAUGGUAUCGGAUACCUCUCGUUUCCGCCCAUCAUGCAACAGUUGCUUGUCGCUUAUGGAUGGCGAGGGACUCUUCUUGUAACAAGUGCAGUCUCGGCCAAUAUGUGCGCAUGUGCAGCACUUUUCCGUCCCCGUCUCCGUAAUCAACGAUCUCAAAUCAGGAAAAAGUUCGCUUGCUGGCGUAAACUUAAAACACGUAAAGAACAAUUGCCUGCCGAGGAAAAGACUAUAGACCCAACAGUUGCUUCUCAAGAAGAACCAUCGCCUCUGCGAUUUGAUUGCAAACGUAUCUGGGCAUUUCUAACCCGUGUUCUCUCAUUUUUUCGACUGGAUAUUUUGGCUAGAAGUUAUCGUUUCAUUUUGCUCACUGUCCUUCACUUGAUCCAUGUUUCACCUUAUGCUGCGUACAUGUUGUUCAUUAUACCACGUGCUAUAACCGUAGAUGUAGACGAGAGUAGUGCUUCUUUUUUGUUAUCAGUCUUUGGUAUUGCCAAUAUGGUGGGGCGUCUAUCGUCCAGUAUCAUCGUCUACAAAAUUCCCCCUAGCUUGGUCUACUCAGUCGCCAUGCUCCUCGCUAGUGGUGCUGUUCUCCUUGGACAGUUCAACAGCUACAUUUUCUUCGUCUUGUCUGUCAGCACGCUUGGGUCAUGCAUUGGAACAGUGAGCAUAACCGCCAUGGUGAUAACAAGACGUCUUGUAGGUGCCGAAAACAUGGGAUCUGCUAUUGGCUUUUAUCAAGUGCUUGGAGGUGUUGGAGAUCUCUUAGGACCAAUUUUUGCAGGGGCGCUGUAUGAUGCCACUGAGGACUACCAGGUUAUGUUUUACAUCAUCGCAGGGAUCUUCUUCUUCUGCUUCCUUCUCACAACCUUGCUUCCUCUGUUACGCAAAAUCGAACCAGGGAUCGACUUAAAGGAAAGAGGUGACACAGCGGUAUCAAAUCCCAAUCCACACAGUGUGCCGUAUCAGUAUAGUUCUUUACAAAGCAUUCAAAUGACAGUAUAA